UGCUAGGCGACGGGGAGACGCCUGGCCUAGGGCUGUGGAGGAGAGUGGCCUCCGGAGGGACCCUCCGUCAGCAGCAGCGCCAUGGCGCCGAAAAAGAAAGCUGAGAAGAAAGCUGGAGGGGGCAAGAAGGGCAAAGGGAAAAGCCCGGUGGUGGAUGCCCUUCCGCCCGAGGGCAUGACCAAGGAGCAGCUGGACGAACACAUUGGGCGGAUCCGGGAGGAGUUGGACCGUGAGAGAGAGGAGCGCAACUACUUCCAGCUGGAGCGGGACAAGAUCCACACCUUUUGGGAGAUCACGCGGCGGCAGUUGGACGAGAAGAAGGCAGAACUGCGCAACAAGGACCGCGAAAUGGAGGAGGCAGAAGAGCGUCACCAAGUGGAGAUCAAGGUUUACAAACAGAAAGUGAAGCACCUGCUCUAUGAGCACCAGAAUAACCUCACAGAGCUGAAGGCGGAGGGGACGGUGUCCAUGAAGCUGGCUCAGAAGGACCACCGGUCCCAGGAGAUGGAGCUGCGUAAGGACAUGCGCACCCUGAAGGUGGAGCUGAAGGAGCAGGAGCUGGCCAAUGAGAUGGUAGUGAAGAACCUGAGCCUGAAACAACAAGAAGACACGACGCAACUGCGUAAUGACUUUGAGAGACAAGUGAAAGAGAUUGAAGCCAAGUAUGAGAAAAAGAUGCGAGUGCUCCGUGAAGAGCUGGACCUGCGCAGGAAGACUGAAAUCCAUGAGAUCGAAGAGAGGAAGAAUGGGCAGAUCAACACACUGAUGAAGAACCACGAGAAGGCCUUCAGUGACAUCAAGAACUACUACAAUGAUGUGACUCUGAACAACUUGGCAUUGAUCAACACCCUCAAGGAGCAGAUGGAGGAAAUGAAGAAGAAAGAAGAACAUUUGGAGAAGGAGAUGGCGGAAGUGUUGCUCCAGAACAAAAGGCUGGUGGAGCCACUGCAGCGAGCCCGAGAGGAAGUGGCUGAGCUCCAGAGGAAGCUGGCGCACUACGAGAAGGACAAAAUCAUGCUGGUGAACAUCCGGGCCCGCCUAAAAGUGACUGAGAAGGAGCUGAAGGAUCUCCAGUGGGAGCAUGAGGUGCUUCAGCAGAGAUUCAGCAAGGUUCAGGAAGAGCGGGACGAUCUGUAUCAGAAGUUCACCAAAGCCAUCAACGAGGUGCAGCAGAAGACGGGCUUCAAGAAUUUGCUGCUGGAGCGGAAGCUGCUGGGUCUGGCCAACAUCCUGGAGAAGAAGGAAGUGCAGCUCAACGAGGUCCUGGCAGCCUCCAACCUCGACCCCAGCGCCCUCAGCGUGGUCACCCGCAAGCUGGAGGAUGUGCUUGAUUCCAAAAACAAUGCCAUCAAAGACCUGCAGUAUGAGCUUGCCAGAGUGUGCAAGGCACACAAUGACUUGCUGCGCACAUACGAGGCCAAACUGUCUGCCUUUGGGAUCCCCUUGGACAAUCUGGGCUUCAAGCCGCUGGAGACCUCCGUCCUUGGCCAGACUCUGGGCCAAGGCCCCGCGGGAUUUGUUUCCACGCCUACGUCGCAGAACCUCCAGGCCCAGUCUUUGUGAACAGUGGUGGCCUGAGAGUCUGGCGUGGAAAAGGCCUGCCUGGUGCCCUUGCUGGGGGUCUGGGGAAAGGAGGAAGAAGAGGAAGAACUGGAGGCAGCAGCACCUGGGAGAGACAUCAGGGCAGGACCCACAGCCUUCCUGUGCAUUAAACGGGCUCCGGUGUGUGAGAGGCUUUUCAUACCUGGUCUCAGCAGGCCUCCUCCCAUUUUUCAAGAUAAGAUUUGGGGGAAUCUGUGGAGCUGUCCUUUCCUUCAAGAGCCCCUUAUCAAGAGCAGCAGCAACGCAAACACCGACGUAGUCCUCUGCUGGAGCCCCACAUACCCUUCGGAUGAGGGGCUAAGGCUUUCCCCAGACACUCAUUUCAUUAAAAGAAGACUGCAAGGAGCAGUCUUCACAUUCACUCACAACAACUUUGCACAGUUAGCUAUUUAUUUUGUCUCAUGUUUAAUGGCAGGCAGCAGGUUGUAGCCAAGCCCCCAUGUGUAAAGCCAGGGGCUGGGGUUGCAGCGCCAACUCUCAGUUCUUGGAAACAAGCCAGUGUGGUCUGAAUUCCCCGAGAGUGGCCCUUCUCUGAGCCAGCCCCAUCUCUUGAACUAGCUUCCCCUGUAGGUGGUAUAGGAAUAGGGUCUGAGCAGCAGCGGGAUGUGGACCUUUGGUUCUGCCUCUGUGAUGGUGAAGACGACCUGGAACAGACAAAAAAGCUGUUGUCCAAAUAUAUAUAUGUAUAUGCAUAUAUAUGUUGAGCCACAACAGGAAGGUCAUCUGUAAGAGGGCAGGGACCUGGCCUUCAGUCCUCUCUGGUGUGCCACAGUUCCUCCUGCUUCCCUUCCCACCAGCCUCAGACUUUACCCAGUCGGGGAGCAAAACUUCCAUGUAAGGGUAGAAGCAGUAGUAGCCCAGUUGGUGCCAGUAUGGCCCUGUUUCAAAGUGCAGCUUGUAGGUGCCCGCUUUCAACUGCUGGAGUGCCAGGCUGCUCUUGUCCAAACGCCCGUCUGUGUUGGUUGCACUGGAACAGAAAGGCAUGAAUGGGCGCAACAGCACAACCAGCUCAUUCGUGCCCUUGUUGAGUGCAUCCAAGAGCCCUUGCGCACUAUAGAGCUAUUGGACUAUGAUUCCACUUUGCCAUGGUCCCACUCUAUGGAACCCAGGGAUUUGCAGUUGAGGGCAUGUACUUAGCUGCUUCGGAGGGUAGUGAAGUCUCCUUUGCAGGUUUUUAAACAGAGGAUGGAUUAACAUUGGCCAAGGGUGCUUUGACUUUGACAUAUUCCUGCAUAUCAUGGAGUUGGACUGGAUGACCCUUGGGGUCUCUUCCAACCUUGUGAUUCUAUGCAGUCCAACCUAAAAUGGAUCCGUAGUGCUAUAACCAUGUAGCAUGGAAAGCCCUCUUCUGUCCCACCUACCUCUUCAUCAGCUCCAUCCACGAUGCAUUAGGAUCUUCCAGCCACAGGAAGCGCAUGGCCAGGCCUGUGGCAGGGAGGCUGGUCAGGACAUUCAGGGCGUGGACGGUCAGGGAAGCGUGGGGCUCUCUGUCACCAGCCGGAGCCUGGGAUUCAGAGAGGGCCAUGUCAGAGCCUAAGAAAGCAGCGACUGAGGUCUGCUCAGAAGCCGCGCAGAGAAUGCUAAGUGCCUCCCUGCUGCAGCAGCAGCAGCAGCCCUUCUCUCCUAAAUUGUGUACUUGUCGCUUGUGUACUUAAGUGUGAAUUUAAAUGUUGAGGUAAAGCUGUUGAACAACAGCUUGCCUCACCUUUGCAUUUGGCAAGGCCCUUUAUUUUUCUGAGGAACAUUAUUUUUUAAUAAAAUGGCCACUCGCCUCAGUUAGUUCACUUGGCAAGGUCCCUUUGUACUCCUGAGGAGAAAAUGUUAAGCCUGUUUUUCUGCCACUGGCCACGUUUCCCCUCCAUUGGUGACUUUUCCCACUACGUCUCAGCAUUGGAUUUUCUAUUUGACUCCGUAGAAUUGUCAUAUUAGCGGGACUCUUUGUCCCCAUGUUUGUGUGCCCUUAGGCCUGGUUUCAUAAAUGGCCAUUGUGUUU